UUCUCUCUCCGCUUCUCUCUCUCCUCGCCGCGCUCCCGGCCGAGGCGCUGCGGUCUCCUCCUCCUCACCUCGCGCGGCCGGCGUGCGGGGUUCUCCGGGAGACGCCCUCCCCAGCUGGACACGCGGCCCUCCUCCCGCACGACGCGCGCGGCCGGCGAGCGGAGAGGCUCGGAGCCAGCCAGCCAGCCACCCACCCAGGGCGUGGGGCGGGGCGGGGGGAGAGCUCGCCGGCCUCGUUCUCGCCGCGCGUCCGUCCGCAUCGGUCUCGGCUCGGAUCGAAUUGAAGGAUGCCCCACGUUAGGUCCGCCGCCGCGGCGAAGCUGAUGGAGGAGCAGCUGGCCUCCCCGGAGAUGGAUAUGGAUGAGCUGGGCGUGGCGGAGGGCGGCGCGGUGGACGGCAGUAAUGGCGGGGGCUCCAAGGAGUGCCCUCUGCCGCCGCCUGCUAGGGAUUCCAGGGGCGCCGCCAAGGGGGGUGUGGCCGCGGCCGCCAAGAAGCCGAGAUCGGUGAGCUCCGACUUCGGCGACGAGCUGGAUUUGGAGCUCGGGAAUGGGGACGCCACAACCAAGGAGGGUGGCAGGCAGCAGGAGAGGAAGCUGUCGAGGCACGACCGGGUCGAGCUCAGCCGGUCCUUCCAGCACGCCGUGAGCUCGCACGACUGGGAGAGCGCCGAGGGGCUGGUGUCACAGGCCGACGCGCAGGGGCUCAACGACGUGCUCUGCGUGGCCGUUGAUGCCAUCUGGUUCCUCAGUGACAAGGAGGAGCUGCAUGCCGUUGUGGCUUUGAUUCGGAGGAUCGUGUCAGAAGGCGCGAACGAUUUCACGCGCGCCGCGCUCCGGACAUCGUUCCUAGCAUCCUGCGUGUCGGCGUGCAGGGGGCGGACGACUAGCCUCGCCGAUGCUGUGAGCUUCAUGGGACAAAAGUUGCAUGAGCGCCUUCAAGAAUCCCAUGGUGAUGAGGUAUUGAAAGCAGAAGCAAGUGCAAAGGUACACAAAUUCACAGAAUGGGCUCUAAAGUGUAUCGGUCUGCAUUCGCGUGUGCGGGAGAAUAAGGGCAGAGGAAACCAUGGCACAAUGAUUGAGGUCCAGCUUCAGCUGUCUGCUUUCAAGACGUUUCUGGAUCUUGCUGAUAAUGAUCUUACUGGGAAGGAUUUCACGGAGGCCUUUGAUGCUGCAUGUUUUCCUCUUACACUCUUCUCAAACACCUUUGACCAAGGUUGGGCAUCAGGUAUCUCAGCAGCCGCGAUACAGGGUCUCUUAGAGUUGUUAGUAGAGGGUGGUGCUGAUAAUGUGAACCAAUGCUUUCUUGAGGCUGCACGCUAUGGAAGCACUGAACUUGUGCGCAUCUUACUUCAGAUUGCUCGAAGGAAUAGCUUGGACAUCGAUGUGGAUCUAGCGCUUGGAUUUGCUGCUCACUAUGGGAAACUGGAAACCAUGGGGUGCUUAGUUGAGGAAGGUAAUGCGGUUGCCUUUCUUGGCCCUUUAAUGCGGGCAGCUGAACGGGGAUGUCUUCAAGUUGUUGAAUGGUUUGUCAACCUUGGUUGUCGGGACAUGGAGCUUUGCUUAGCCCUUACUGCUGCCACCUCUAGUAGCCAGGUUGCAGUUGCAGCCUAUCUUCUGCCUCUAGUUCCAAAACAUGUUCUUGCCCCCCUCAGUGUCGAAAUUCUCAAGGCUGCUGGUGAGAGGAGCACCGGUUCCCUGCAUGGUGUGGACUUCCUUCUCCGCUCAAACUUCCUCAAUGACCCAGCUGCCACAUAUGCUGUAGCAGACAACAUUGCAAAAUCUGCUGAUGAGGCAGUGGAUGCAAAGCUUAGAACUUUCAUGCUUGAGCAUUGGUCAGAAGCAGCGUUUUCUGAGGGAUUUGCAUCUGCGCAAGAGCACUUCGUUAACUUCAUGAGGAUAAUGGAAAAGGGUGAGUCGCCAAUUUGCCUUAGGGACCUCCCACUUGAGCUGGUGAUUGCCAUGGCCUACCUACCACUGUACAGGGAAUGCAUGGAGUCAGGUGGGCGGCUAUUGCCGCAAAAGCUGAGAGGGCAGCUUGUUGAGGCUGCUGGUAGACUCGAGGGCCGGCAGCUGGACAGGGCUAGCCAAGGCACAGAGCUCCUGGCCAUCUUGAAGCACCACCUCCCGUGUUUCAUGAUUCAGACUUGAAGAUCAGCCUCCACAUCAUUUGCAUUGGUCGCUGCAAGCAAGUACAAGGGCAAUGCACCAUCUUCAGUGUAUUCCAGAUUUCAGUGCUGUCAUGUUCCUCCUGCUUGGGGACAUCUGACUAUCUGAGACGAUAGCACCUCGAGGUCCCUGAGAGCCUAUUGGCUGAACUCUCCUGCUGGCGCUGUUCGGAGAGUAUAUAAUUUUGGGAAAUGGUGUGUACCUUCUUGUCGAGCAAAGUGUUGAGUAUCUCUAUUGGGAUCAUAAUCUUGAUGAAAAUGAUAUAAGAAUUGAGCAAGUGUUCUCGAGUUUUCUGAGUGGUAGCCAUGGGCGUCAUAUUUUUGUUUUGGACUAAUGAGUUUUGAUCAUGGACUAGUCAUCUUUCUUGGCUUCACAAACAUAAAAUGAAUGGACAGUAAGUAUAUGUUUUA